AUGGGUAGCGGUCAAAGGUUUCAUCUGCCAACGGCGUUGAGGAGGGGGAAAUCUACGGCCCGCAAUCAGAAUUGGCAAAUAGAAGGAAAGGACUUCAAAGCACAGCACAUCUUGGGAAUCACAGAGACAGCCUUGAACACAGCCCGUAAUCAAAGCAUCAGUUCUUCUGCUACCGCGAGGAUACCUGCAUUGACAUUUUCUGACACCACUACUGAGCUGGGAUCAACCGCAACGCCUAAUGAGAGACACGAAGACAAACCCGGACUUGAACUCAAAGCAUCGUCAGUUCUUUUGCAUGAAGAAUUUCAGAUAAACGGGGACAACACAAAUUCUAUCCCUUCUCGAAGACUCAAACUCUACGGCUCUAAUUCGACUCUUAAUUCAUAUUAUGAUGCUCACAAGAUUCCUCUGGCCAUAUCUCAGCAGACCUCAGACAGCUCCAGACGAGAUUUUGCCCUAAGGAAGGGAUCUCCAGUUGUGGUGAAGACUCCACCCAUAGAAAAGAACUCCCCAUUACGAUUUUUUCGAUCAUCUAAGAGUCGAGAUGGCCAUGAGCCUCGGAAACUAACCAAGUCGACACCGCCACCUUCGGAUCAACAUCUUCCUAUGACUCCAAACAGCCAGCGAUCAUUGACUUCAAAUCGAGGCCAAGGCCGUACUCCGAAAUCCGAAAUUCCUCCAGUCCCAACACGGACAAAUAAGGUUAGCGACUCGUCGAGAGAUUCUAAAGGCGUUCACUUUUACACGCUGAGUCAGAAACCUUCGGUAGCACCGAAACAAAGCCAACGUAGCAAAGCUUCACCAACAAAGACGGAAAUCCCUCAUAUCAAGGUUAAUAUCAGAAGGCCCAGAGCUGGCGCCAAACACUGGUUCGAUGGACUCGAAGGUGAUAGCAGUGAGGAAGAAAGUAUUCACGAACCAGAGUUCGACCCAAGCUUUGUGACGGGAAUGGAAAUGGCUUUUGAAGCUGGCAGCAUUGGAACACGGUCCGACACCAUGUCGAGAUAUAUCGGCGAAAGGUCUGAUCAAAAAGAUACGAAGCACAAACCUCGCAGUAUGAAUCACCCGCCAAUCAUUCCUCCUCGAGUCUCCACCCUGAAUGCAAAGUCUUCGAAAUCGAGUAUGUCACAAGCAGGUACCGCACGCACUGGGUCCAAAACCAAAUCGGUUUCUCUGGCUUCAACGGACCUCCAAAAGAUAAGCGUUCUCGACCUGUCCUCUUCCGAUGAUGACGAGCCGAAAAGUCGGCCCGAUCGUCCUCACAAUAAUUCUUUACCAUACCUGCGUGACAGCAUCGCAAUUGAUACAAUUAAUGAAUCCGAGAUCGAGCUUGGGACAGCUAAAGCGAUCAAGACGAAUCAAAUUGCCUCUAUAGCCGCCACUUCCAACCUACGACCAUUCGUUGGCACUCAAGCGAAGCGAAAACCCACCGUCGCCUCGAAACGAAACAGCCGCGCACCGACAUACCUGAGUGACCGCUCAUCAGAUAUAGUGAACAGCAGCAGUGACUUACUCACUUCAUUCCCUCCAACUCCCAUAGAUCCUAUCGCGUCACAGCGCACGUCGUGCCAGGGCUCCGAUACCGCUAGUAUCGAGAGCCGUCGACUCAUGAGCGUCACCCGACAAGAGGAAUCUCUGUUAGCAGCGAUGCGCUCCAAGCGCUCAGCUCUCAACCAACCCGGUUCCAGAACAACGGAACGUAAACCUCACCCAUUAAAGGGAGAAGACAGGUUAUCACGGCAGAUACACCAAUCUCUAAAAUCCCCCGCCGCACUAGAAGUCCUUCUUUCACAACAGCACAAACGCUACGACUUCCCACCAUCCAAUUAUCCCGAUCAAGCAUUCGACCAACAGUCCUGCACGACCUUCCAGACCGGGCCAUCCGUAGACCCCAGCGUCCGCCUCUCGAUCGCGAGUUAUCAAACAGACACGUCGCUAGACACAGAGACGGAAAUCCUGUCCCAAAGAUCUGUCACCUCGCCGUCAUAUCACCACCACCACCAUCCUCACCAUCAUGCCAACAAACCCACCACCGCUACCAACAACAAUAAUGUCAACCGCACAAGCCGCUCAACAUUCUUCUCAUCAUCAAGCGGCACCAACGAAUCCCUCGGCGAUCAAGCAUCCAGCCAAUCCAACCACCAGCAUCAGCACCGUCUCAAACAGAAAGCCUACCGGGCCACGCUGGAGAAACUGCAACAAGUCCCCACGCGAGACGAAGUCCUCUCGCAGGAUUUCAUUCAGUGGCCGUACCAGGGCUGGGAGGCGACGUCGAAGCUCGGCACCGCGCACUGA